AUGCUGCGGCUGCUGCUUGUCGCAUCGCUGUGCUGCUCCUGUGCAGCAAGCACUUACACUGCCACAUGGACGGAGCUGUCAGCUUCCACAGGUGACCAGAAGCACCAUGCGAGAGCGACCAACGCUGUCACCAUCACACACCCCACUGACGGGCAAUGGAAGCCCGCAAUCGAUUAUCACGUCCUCGCUCGAUCGGGAGAUACCUUCGGUACCAACAUUUUCGGAGCAAACAUCGACAAGGAUCAAAAAAUCAUCGCGAAAGAUGCUACCAGUGGACUGGCACUCGUGAGCGCUUACCCAGAUUUCACUUCGAUCAUCAAAGUCGGAGAUGUUAUUCAUAGCAUCACGCAAUUUGAGGCAACUCCUAACACAUUAGGCGUGGAUGACACGUCUAGCCUCGGAGUUGCGUAUCACUCUAUCUUGAAUCAAGCUGCUGAUGGAACGCUUUCUAUCAAGUCCACCAAGGCAAUCGACAUGUCCUCUCAUCAAGGUGUCUGGAACCCAUGCGCUGGUAGCGUCUCGCCCUGGUCCACUCACUUGGGCUCAGAAGAGUAUGAGCCAGACGGCAGACUUUGGACAACUUCCACAGGAGCAGGGGCAUCCACAGACUACAAUUUUCAAUCUAUGAAAGCGUACCUAUUGUAUUAUGCAGUUGAUCCGACACCAGUUACAACAUGGGAGAGUUUGAGGGCCUCCUCGUUCUAUCCCUACAACUACGGCUUUCCUUGGGAGGUCACUGUCUACAAUGACAAGGACCCGGUAUCAGUCAAGCAUUAUUCCAUGGGAAGAAGAGGCCACGAGCUUUCUUAUGUCAUGCCUGAUAAGAAAACCGUCUACAUCACCGAUGAUGGGUCGUAUAAAGUCUUCACCAAGUAUGUCGCAACCACCGCAGGCGAUCUUUCCAAGGGCAGACUGUUUUGUGCAAAAUUCACGCAAACUAAGAGCACAGGAAAUGGUGAAUUCACAAUCGCAUGGAAGGAACUGGCGGGGGAGGUGACAGACGCUGAAAUCAAGCAAGCAAUUGAUGCGAAGACAAACUUCACGGACAUGUUCGACACUGUAGUUUACAACACCACUACCUCAAAGUGUGUCGAAGACGGUUACUCGGAAUACCGAACAUCCAGCACUGCUGUAGAGUGCGUCAAAGUCAAGGCUGGCAAAGAGAAAAUUGCAUCCCGUCUUGAAACAAGGCGAUUUGCAGCAACAUUGGAUUGCACUAUUGAGUUUGAAAAAUGGGAGGGAAUCACAUACAGUCCCUCGCUUAACAAAAUGUACACAGCAAUCAGCAAAGUGGACGGUGGAAUGACAGAUGCUCUUGGCGACAUUCGAUUGCCCCAGCAGAAGUGCGGUGCAGUGUACGAGCUCGACGUUGACAGCAGCACUUACAGUGUGACUGCAAUGAGGGGGUUCAUCGACGGAGGAAGUUAUGCAUCUGGGGUCUGCAGUGCCGAUGGCCUUGCGAGCCCCGACAACGUCGCUAUGAUCGAGGAUUACGGUCAGCUGCUCAUCGGAGAAGACACAAGCUAUCAUCAGAAUGACUACGUGUGGGUCUACGACUUCAACACCAAGAAGAAGACUCGUAUCGCUCAAGUUCCCUACGGAGCUGAGAGCACUUCCCCCUACUGGUACCCCAACAUCGGGAAGUUCUCCUACAUCACUUUUGUCGUUCAACAUCCUUACGGAGAGAGCGAUACCACCAUGGUGGAGGACACCGCGUCGACAGGCAAGGCAGGGUACGUGGGUUACAUUGGCCCGCUUCCUCCCGUGGGAAGUGUAGCGCGCGAGGCUGCCACUGCUGCCGCUGUUGUUGCUGCUACCAAGUCUGCAUCCUCUGCGUUGGCCCCCUGCUCUGCCUUGGCUGUUGUGACUGUCGCCAUGGCCGUCAUGAUGCGCUCCUGGUUUCAUUGA